CUAGUUUGUCAUUUGAUCUCCGUCAAUUCAGUAGAAUCCUUUUCCGCUGUGAAACCUCGCAUGAUGAACUUCAACGGAUAUGGAUGCCACUGUGGCCUAGGAGGAGACCCGGAAACUCCUCCGAUAGACGCAGUUGAUGAAUGCUGCUAUCACCACGACAGAUGUUACGGAUACAUAGAUGUGUUCAAGAUCACAAAGUUUCUCACGCCAUACUACUGGUAUACCAAGUUUGGAGACAACGACUACAGAGUGAACUGUUCAAGUUAG